GGUUCCAAUGAACGAGAAUCGCGGUCGUCAGAAUCACGUUCGGAUGAUCCAUUAAAUGACGGAAUGGUGCCAUCAAAGAGAUCUCGCUCGGAGUCGGCGGAUUUUAUUUCUUUUUUAUUUUUUCUCUUUUAUUAAAUGUGUCCCUGAAGUGAUUCAAAUCCACACUCACCCACUUCUCACAGUGACAAUGUAAAAAUGUGUCCAAUAAAAACGUUUAAAGCCAAUUGCGCUAACAUCAUCAAAUGUUGGAGAGGGCAAAGAGAUUUUUGAGAUGAAAUAAGCUUUUCUCAAAAAAUAAACCAAAAAUCACAUACAAACAUACGAACGAAAUGUAUUAAGUCGCCAAAUUAAACAGUUGAUUAAUGCGCGCCACAUAAAGUAUAAAAAAGUAUGCACGUUAAAAACCAAAUGAAAUUCUGCUACCGCUACACUAGAGUGAUAAUUGCAAGUCCUCGGAACCGAAAAUUCCAUACAUUUCGCAGCCAAUUUACGAUCUGAAACAAACGGGCGAUGUAAAAUUCGGUCCGGGUACACGUUCUGCACUGCUGGGUCUAUUAGGUGGCGCUUUACCAAAACUUACCUCGGAUCAACAUGAUACGGUCAGCAAGGCUAAGAAAUAUGCCAUGGAGCAGAGUAUUAAAAUGGUAUUAAUGAAACAGACUUUGGCACAUCAGCAACAGCAAUUGGCAUCGCAACGAACUCAGGUUCAACGGCAGCAGGCACUCGCGCUCAUGUGCAGGGUUUAUGUAGGCAGUAUCUCAUUUGAGCUCAAAGAGGAUACUAUACGCGCCGCUUUUCUACCUUUUGGUCCCAUCAAGUCAAUAAACAUGUCUUGGGAUCCUAUUACUCAGAAGCACAAAGGAUUCGCAUUUGUCGAAUACGAAAUACCAGAGGGAGCACAAUUGGCUUUGGAACAAAUGAAUGGAGCAUUGAUGGGUGGUCGUAACAUUAAGGUUGGUCGCCCUAGCAACAUGCCACAGGCACAGCAGGUGAUUGAUGAGAUUCAGGAGGAAGCCAAAAGCUUCAAUCGCAUUUAUGUUGCCUCCAUUCAUCCGGAUCUAUCCGAAGAGGACAUCAAGAGCGUUUUCGAGGCAUUUGGGCCGAUUUUGUAUUGCAAAUUGGCACAGGGCACAUCACUGCAUACACACAAGGGAUAUGGUUUCAUUGAGUACGCCAACAAGCAGGCCAUGGAUGAAGCUAUCGCUAGCAUGAACUUGUUCGAUUUAGGCGGACAGUUAUUGAGAGUGGGCCGUUCAAUUACUCCUCCGAAUGCAUUGGUUUGCGCCUCUACCAACUCUACAAUGCCCACAGCUGCCGCUGUUGCCGCCGCUGCUGCUACCGCUAAGAUACAAGCACUUGACGCAGUCGCCAGCAACGCCGUGCUUGGCCUUUCUGCAACUACUCCCACUCUGGGCAUCUCACCACUAGCUGCCGCAGCUAAGGUGGGCACAUUGCCGAUCGCUGCCGCUGGCGCAUUGCAUCCGCCGGGCAUUGCAGUGCCUGCCACUACAGGCGGCGCCGCCGCAUUCCUUCCUGCUGGUGUCUUCCAAGCGCCAGCAGCCUUAGCACCGAAUCUAUUAGGUGUUGCACCCGGCUUGCCGAAUGUAACUGCCGCUGCCGCACCGGUGGUUGUUACACAAGCUGCACUUCUAGCAACACCAACUAUGGGCGCUCCUACAAUGGCUGCGAUUGGUAAUCUUGGUGCGGGCGGUAUUAAUACGGUAAUGGGCGCCGAUGCCGCCGCAAACGCAGCGGCUGCAGCUGCCGCCUCUGUCAGUGCAAAUGCCGCAGCCGCAGUGGCCGCAGCAAACAAUGUAACAGCAUUACACAAUCUGCAGUCGGCUAACUCGGAGCAGCUGAAGAAGGCGCACGAGAAGGCACAGCAGGAGGAAUUGCAAAAGAAAUUGAUGGAAGAAGGCGAGACGCAGACGCUGCAGCAGCAGGAGAAUAUGUCGAUCAAGGGACAGAGUGCGCGGCAACUGGUCAUGCAGCGGCUGAUGCGACCACAGGAGUCGCGUGUUAUUAUACUGCGCAACAUGGUCGGACCAGAGGAUGUUGACGAAACGUUGCAAGAGGAAAUUCAAGAGGAGUGCACUAAAUUCGGUACAGUUAGUCGUGUAAUAAUCUUCAAUGAAAAACAAACUGAAAACGAGGACGAUGAGGAAGCAGAGAUUAUUGUUAAAAUAUUCGUAGAAUUUUCAAGCUCAGUAGAGGCUAUGCGUGGACGUGAUGUCUUGCAUGGACGCUUCUUUGGUGGACGACGUGUUAUCGCUGAGCUUUAUGAUCAGUCGCUGUUCGAUCAUGGUGAUUUGUCUGGUUAAAUGGAUUAUAUGUGCGGAAAGUAACUCGAAGGAGAAUGCAAAAAAAGAAAUAUUAGCAAUAAUGAGCCAACGACUAAACGGGCUAUUUUGGUGUUAUGCGUCAGCGAAUUUGCUUUCAAAUUCAUUUUCACUCUUGAGUUUUUAACAAUUUUUUUCUUUCAUAUUUUCUUUGUUGCUUUGUGUGCACUAAAUGUCUAAAGCUUAAGUCUAUUCAACAUUACCGUUUCCACUUCCACAAGUCCAUUAGCCGUUGAUGAUGUAGUGGCCGUUUACUAAAAUGUAUUGAUACAAAACAUCAGUAUCUUUUAUUUCCAAAACAUAACGAGUAGAAGUAAAAGAGACUAAUGCUUUGCAUUGAUGCGUUUUGAGCAGCCGUAAUGAAUGUAUUCGCGUGUAAAAUGCCGUUGUAUUAAGUAAAGAUGAAAUAUAUUAAUUUCUGUACAAUUAAUAAUAAAUAUGUUAAGUAUUUAAACAAAAAUAAGUUGGGUAUUUUAGAAUUUAUUGCAACAACAGCACAUUCGACCCAAUAAUAGAAAUUAAUAUGUUCUAAGGUGGAACUCCAUUCAACUUCAGUAGAUAAUUGUUUAAUUAAUUAAUGAAUUCCGAAUAUAUUUAUGUAAAUUUUAAAAUUUUAAAUAAAUACACUAGGGUUGUUCGGGAUGUUGCGGAGUUUGUCCUUGCAUUUGCAUAUUCGGUGCAUUUGUAAAUUAACAACAAUAAAAUGCACACGGUUGCCAUGACAGCAAGCAUAAAAUUUGCAAAUGCAAUUCCAACUCCAAAUCCAAGACCAUUUCCACAACAUCCUGAACAGCCCCGCUGUGUAUUUAUAUUCCUUUUUGGUUGCAG